AUAUCCCAAAUCGAGACAAGAAGAGGAAUGCGCUUGUAAAAUGACAAUCAGCCUGAAGCAAUACUGAAACCAAUCCUGGAGCUACAACAAUCGGUCCACUUCUGGACAUCAUUCGCCUUUGGAUCCGAGGAUCGCUAGGUCCGAGUCUGUUCUAUACACGAGACGAUUGUUACGGGAUCACGCUUUCACCAGCUCUGCUCUUGUCGAUCCGCGCAAUGAGUGAACAGUGAGCUCAAGUAGCCAGCAUGUACCGCAACAACCGCAGCCGCGAGGUCUGCAAGUUCUUUCUCGAAGGAAGGUGCAGAUUUGGAAACGACUGCAAGUUCGAACAUCCCUCAAAUCAAGCACCGCAGUCCAGCAAUCAGAAUCGAUUCGCGCCUUUACAGAAUCCCGCCAAUGCCAAUCAGCGCGGGAGACCGGGCGCUGUUACUGAUCCAAAGCAAGAACCAUUCAACGUCACAGCAGAAGGCAUUCGUCUAGACUUGACAGAGGCCAGCCAAAAGGGCGAGAGGCCGCAAUGGCAAUUCUCCUCGUAUGGGCCUGGAAUCGCGGCGCCGAAGCAAUUGCUGGAGGGUCCGAAUGUGGAAAUGAGCGAAGAGGAGCUGCGGGUGAUGUGCUAUCUCGCCAAGGCGACAGGCAGACUGCAAGACUAUGAUGCACACGUGAACGGUCUCAGAACGCAAAUCAACCAGCAAGUGCAAACAGUCCUGCAGGAUCUCGAAGGUGCCAAAAGGUUUGUUCAGAACGGUCAAAAUGAGCAUCCAAAUCGCAACGACAUGGCGCAGUCUGCAGGAAGUGUGUUCCCUUGGACCAAUAGACCGAGCCUUCAAGCGACUCCUGCAGGAGGAUUUGGGCAAGCUGCAGCGAACAGUGGGACAGCAUUCGGUCGACCAUCUGGGGGAGGUUUCGGUCAACCAUCCGCCAUGGGAGCACCUAGCGGAUUUGGAUCAUCUGGGAUGGGAGCUGUAGCUGCGAGUGGGUUUGGACAACCAUCAAACCUCGCCGCAAAGCCGCCAGCAUUUGGUCAACCGGCGUUCGGCGCACCCUCACAGCCCGCGGCCGGUGCAUUCGGUCAGCCUUCAGCUUUCGGUGCAGCAGCGCAGCAGCCACAGCAGUCCGCGUUCGGGAAGCCAUCAGCACCUACCUCAGGAUUCGGACAGAGUGCUUUCGGCCAGGCAUCGAAGCCAGCUGGAAGUGCAUUUGGCGCACCAUCGUUCGGACAAGCCGCCCAACCAGCCUUUGGUCAAGCCUCGCAGCCCACCACAGGAGCGUUCGGCCAGCCAUCACAACCGGGUGGCGCAUUUGGCCAAUCUCCUCAACCGACCUCCGCCUUCGGUCAAGCUUCCCAGCCCACUUCGACUUUCGGCCAAGCAUCCCAAUCAUCAACAGCUUUCGGCCAGGCGUCGCAACCACAAUCAGCCUUCGGACAGGCAUCACAACCACAAUCGGGUUUCGGCCAGGCGUCACAACCGCCAAGCGGUUUCGGCCAAGCUUCCCAACCGUCAGGAUUCAACCGACCCUCACCCUUCGCCCAAGCAACCCAACAACCCACACAGAACGGCUUCGGCUCCUCCGCACCACAACAGAACAACGGUAUCGCGCAACCCAACGGCCAACACCCCAACCACUGGAAAGGCAGACCAGUCCAGUUCGAUCCAGAGAAGAAAGUCCCAUUCAUCAUCGAUCCUCAGACCAAUGCCAAACAGCGCAUCUGGUUCCUCGAAGGCCCUCCCACGGGUGCGGCUCCGAUGACAGAGGCACCGCCGGAGGCGUACGAGGGGGAGCAGGGGAUCAAGCUGAAGGAGUUGUAUGAUCAUGUCAGGACGACGGGGACGUUCAGGGAUGGAUUCAUGCCGGAGAUUCCGCCGAAGAGGGAGUGGGUUAGCUUUGAUUUGUGA